AUGGACUCCUCCUGUCUCAACGCUGCGCUACGCUCCCUGAGUUCACUUCAUGUCCUUCACCUUGAAAAUCAGGUUGAUCAGGCGGUCCUCGAGUCGGGACUCCUCCUUCCGCCUAGCGUCAGGGUGUUCAGCUUCUGCUUCAGUAACUCGUCAUCCCUUGCAUCCCUCCUCCGCGCCAUAUCUCGCCUCCCGCAUCUCCAAGACCUCUCCGUUCUCGGACACGGCGCACAACGCCGACGACCCGCGCGCGCGCGCGUGGCCCGCCUGCGCACGCUCAAGGUCCGCGCCGCCGAAGACCUGCCGUACGCCGCGGCGCGCGCCGCCCGCUGCGACGUCCUCAACCUCGCCUCGCUCGAUCUGCGCACGGGGUGCGAGGGCCCGGCGUGGAGGAUCCCGCCGGGCUUCGAGGGCGUGCUCGGGCACGGGGACGAGCCCGAGGAGGGAUUCGACUCCGACGACGAGGAGCUCGGCGCGGCGGCCGACUACUCGGAAGCGAUGUACGCGCUGGUGCGCACGGCGGUGCCCGUGCGCCUCGCGUGCGCGGUGACCGUCGGCGGCGCCGGUUUCGGCGGGGGGACGCUGUGGGCGCGGCUGGCGCGCGAGGGGCCGAGCGUGCGGUCGCUCGUGCUCAGGGUGGAGGAGGAACAGGCGAAGGAAGACUCGAACAGGUGGCAGUGGCUGACAGGGCUGCCAGACGCGCUGGCACCUCUGCCGGUAGAGCACCUCGCGCUGUGGGCGCCCCGACAGAGUCAGCACAACCACAGGUACAACGACAAGGACUGCUACUGCUGCGAAGAUGGCGAGCCAGUUGGGCCGGCACACGCCCGCGGUGUCCGUGGGGUCUGUGGCGUGUGA